UUGCCAGGACAGAAAAUUGAUAGUAAAAGACGUUGAGAAAAAGUAUGUUCGUGGAGUUGUACUAAAAACUUCCUGUAGUACUGUUUACCGAAAGGAUUUGAAAGCGCGGCGGCGUGUAUUUGUGGAUAGACGGUAAAAUUUAAAAGGAUUAUUUAGAACAAUGGGAAAAUUAAAGUUUUGUUCCAAUGUAUCUUGGAUGUAUAGCGAAGCUGAGUUUUUAGAACGUUUUAAAUUGGCUGCACAAGAUGGUUUUAAAGGUGUUGAAUGCGCCUGGCCGUAUGACCAUAAACUAGAAGAUGUCGUCGCCGCCAAGACCCAGGCAAAUUUGGAGCAAAUUUUGAUCAAUUCAGGGUGCGCCAAAUCGCUAGGAAAUGCCGCAAAUUCAAAUAACGUUGCUGGGUUCAAGAAAGAGUUAGAGCAAGCAAUAUUGUACGCUAAUGCAUUAAACUGCAAGAGAAUUCACAUUGUUGCUGGGAACGUUGGAAAAGAACAGACAAGGGACCAGGCAUGUGAGACGUACGUCAGUAACCUACAAUAUGCUGCUGAGAAAUUACAAGAGCAUGGAAUUAUGGGUCUAAUAGAGCCAAUUAACACCCAAAAGAUGCCUGACUACUUCCUUAACACAACUGACCAAAUGUUAGACAUUUUAAAACGGGUUAACCGACCAAAUAUUAUGUAUCAACUGGAUAUUUUCCAUUUGCAAAUCAUGGAAGGUAACUUAACGAAAAAAAUCACUGAUUUAUUUCCGAAAAUUGGACACAUUCAAAUCAGCCAAGUCCCUGGCCGUGGCGAACCAUCAACAGCUGGAGAAAUUAAUUUUUCCUAUUUAUUUUCACUUUUGGAAACCUUAGGUUAUGAUGGCUGGAUAGGCUUGGAGUAUAAACCGAGUACUAACACUCGGGAAAGUGUUCAAUGGUUUAAAGAUUAUAUGCAGGGAUAAAUUAACACAUUAAAAAUUGGUGCUUUAGUAGUGAAAUUGUUUUUAUCUGGUAAUUAUUUUUUAUAAUUUGUCAUGUAAAUUGGUGCUGUGGUGAAGCCAGCAGCUCCUUUUAUUUUGAUUAUAUGUUUUAGAUAAAUUGUCAUGUACAUUUAUGCAUUACUUUAGUCAUGUAUAUUUAAUUAUGUAUUACGUUGACCAAGAAAAAGUGUAAAGACAGUAAAAUUCAUUUUGCUAGAAAUCUGUGUGUUUUUGCUGAAAGCCUGUAUAUGCUUCAUAAAAAGUUCAACACCAAAUUGAAAGUGCAAUAUUUUGUUCGUUUAACAUCCUUUAUAUUAUAUUCAACUCAGUUUUGUACAUUUUUGUUGCAUAACUUAGAAAAAAAACAUUUUUUUGGGAUGUGUGUUAAAUAACAUAGGACUAUACAUUAAAUAUCAGUGUUAAAGGUAAUAAAUUAUUAUGCAGUUUUUGUAUAAUUUUGUAAUUUCUUUCACACAAG